UGCAUCUCUACUUGAGCCAUUGUCGGGUCGCGCCUGAUGUUAUUACACUUGACAGCCUCGACGGGCUCUUCGAGAUUGUAUAAGAAUGCCUCGCCUCGCCCGGCUGAAGAGUCCUCUGAAAUCUUCUUCUGUGAUCCAUACCGGAUUACUUUCAAGUCGGUUAAUCCACUUGAAUCUGCACUUCUUCCUGUUUGCAAACAGUUUCGCCGAGGCUUGUUCGCAAGACCAACUCCGCCUCAGACUCUUCGUCCACAAUACAGGUCGGCCGAUCUGUGUAGGCCAAGCACAAUCAGAACGCACAGAACACAGUCGACAAGAUGACUCACCUUUCACCAUAUGCGAGCUACAGCCCCGGCUUUGGCAACUCUCGAAGCUCAGUCGUCUCACACGGCGACAGGAAGUGCGCCGUGCCCGGGUGCAAGAAGAUACACUGCAAGCGGGAGAGCCAGUUGGGAGAGUUUUAUGAGUAUUCAGAACAUUGCAAAGACCACUCUUGCUUGAGAAAGUUCGACAACCACUCGGGCUUCUGCUCGGCACCGGCCAUGCAGCCUCGUGCUGGAGUUUGUGUAGCACACUCAAUGUGUUCCUCUCCAGGCUGUAGCAAGCAAGGCAAGAACAGUGAACCAAACUCGGCCCUCGCUUGGUUCUGCAGUACACACCGUUGUCAUCACGGAGACUGCAUCAUCCAGUCCCUUCCCGGCCGAAAGCACUGUCAACGACACCUGGCGUGCGCCGAGCGCAACUGCGACCGCGUACCGGCGGAGAAAGGCACAUUCUGCAAGCAGCACGAGUGCUCACUCCCCAAGUGCCACCAGCGCGCCAAUGAGGCGGGCCGCUGCGAAAAGCAUCGCGAGUGCCACAUCUCUUCGUGCGACCAGCUGGCCAUGGCGGACGGGUACUUCUGCUCCGACCACGGCUGUCGCAUUGUUGGGUGCGACUUGUCGCGUGCAAAGAAAUCCUUCUUCUGCAUGGACCGUAAGCAUCUCCUCCUCCUCCUCACCCUCCUCUUCCUCCUCCCCUUAUGUCAGUCAUUGAGUCGACAGCUAAUCAAUCCAUUGAAAGACUGCUGCAAGGUCUCCGACUGUUCCGCGGGCCGCCAUUCCAUGACCAAGCCUGAUGCCGCGUACUGCAGCCGUCACGAGUGCUAUGCCCAGGGUUGCAUCAACCCGGCUGAGGAGCACGGUCUUUACUGCGUAGCCUUGCAUUCGUGCACCAAAGGCGGCUGCUUGAAAGAGCGCAGUAUUGAUGCGUCCCGCCACGAGACCAACCUCUGCGCCGAGCACUUUUUGGAGCAGAUUCGUCUCGAGACAGCCGCGCAGAUCGAGAUGGAGCACCAGCGCAGGGAAGCUCGGCACGAACAAGUCCGGAUCGGCUAUGAAGAGCUGAUCCGGCAACACCAGGAGCAGAAUGAGUCCGCGGAGAGGCAGAAGGACAGAGAAACCAAGAAGCGCCUGGAAGCCGAAAGGCUUGAAAAGGCUUAUCAGCGGGGAAAGCAGGCUGAGAGGGAGCGCUUGUUGAAGAAACAGAACGAGGCCAAGAGGACCGAGUCAGAAGCUCAAGGUGCUCGAGCGCCAGCCAUGGAGAAGAGGGGCUCCGGUGCCAAGGUUCAUGACUUCAGCUACUCCCCUCAGCGAGGCCGCGACGACCUCCCGAGCUUAAACACUUCCCAGCAUCAAUCCCGACAACCUGAGCGAACCCAGGGAUCAACCACGGAGUACCGUGUAUACGAAUACCCUGCGGGUCAGCAGGCAUCCCCGCAGCAUUCUUCUACUCCCCGCUCUGUACCCCAGCCGCCUUUCAUCUUUCAGGAUCCCAGAGAUGUCUGGGAAGAUGAGCCUGAGGGUUAUUAUACCACCUAUUCCCCAGCCUCUUCUCGCCAGCAACAGCGUCCCACUCACGCUGACCAUGGACGGCAGUCCACCCACUACCAGCCUCCUCCUCCUCCUCCACCACCGCUGCCACGACGGACUUUCUCCCCCGAGCAAGUCGUCUAUGCGCAGUACCCCGUAGUCCCGGAGCGGCAGCCUUCUUACCGCCACGUGCCACGCCGCUCCUUUGACGGCAAUGGCCACAAUGACUACGGGAUCCCUUACGUUUAUGGCUCUGGCGACAGCCGUGACCACCACCGUCGCGCUCGUGCACCACGCCAGCAGCGCGAUGAGCCACUUCCCUACCCGGACCCCCAGGAACACAUUGAGCGGCAGUACCGCCGCAGCGAUGGAGGCUACAGAUACUGAGACUUUUCCUAUGGGCUUACCAUGCGUACCACAUUGCCAAGGAUUUUGGGCGGAUCGGUUUCAAUUCCAAGCGUGUCUUUCCUUAUUUCUUCUGUGCUGAAUUCUUGGCCCGCCGUGGUGGAAGCGUACUGAUAGAUGGGAGAUUUGGACCGUACUAUUUGUUGAUACAAUCGAUGCAGUAAUAUUGAUAGAUCCUUAUUUGAAUCCACUUAAUGAACCACA